UGAUGCUUGCAUAAAAUAUUUUAUUUUUUUCACAUUGAGUCUAUUGUGAGUCAUGACUGAUAACAUCUGGGUUUUAUGUAUAUUAAGUGUGUCAUAUGAUCUUGUUUUAUUAAACUACUCCUGAUCAUCACCUGAAGAUCAUAGUUGAUUAUGCUAAACAGGCAGGUCCAUUGGCUGCCGAUGAGGAGAUUGCGGAUUGGCUUUGUAGAAACUACUCAGAUAAAUGUGUCAUUCUUGCAGUUAACAAGUGUGAAUCUCCACGCAAAGGAAUUUUGCAGGCAUAUGAAUUUUGGUCCCUUGAGUAAGUUAUAUCUGUGAGGAUUCCCUUCCAUGGGUGAGUCAUUGGGUGGGAAAGUUACAUGCUUGAGGCAUGAUUAGACACAAUUCAACAUGAUCAUGAUACACUCUUAUUUUUAUGGUCUCUUGGCAUGGAUAUCGUGGACUAGAUAUACAAUAUGUUAUGUUCACUUUUGAUGUCAUUUUUUAAAUGUGGUUUUGAAUUUGCCUUAAUGAGCAUGAAUUGUUUGUGGAUUGGUUUGAAGAUCCAGUUGAGGUCUGAGAUGGAACUGAUUAAUUUUGCCAACAUUUAAUAAUGCAGACUCUGAUACCGUGUUAAAAACUAUCUCUUCCAAAAGCUUAAGCCACUGGUUAUGAGCAAAUGAGUAGUUUUGAAUCUGACAUAUAUUACUUGCUACUAUAUCAGGCACUGGAACUGGAGAUCUUCUUGAUCUUGUUUGUUCAGGGUUACAAAAAGUUGAGAAAUUCCAGCUUAUUGAUACUGCCGAAAUCAGGAAAAGAGCAGCUGUAUUCAUUCUGUGACUUGCUCCAUCUUUUCCUUAAAAACAGGAUUAUUGAUGCUGCUAGUGAAGUUGAAAAGGAGAGAUAAAGAAGACUCGGAACUUCUAUACUAAAUCAAAUAAUGCUGGAAGCAGUGGCUUUUAAGCCUCUUCCUAGGACACGAGCUGGUAAAAGAGGGCGUGUUUACUAUUGUACACAGGCUGCUAUACGGCCCCCUAAAUUUGUGUUCUUUGUCAAUGAUGCAAAACUUUUUCCUCAGACUUACCGCCGCUAUAUGGAGAGGCAACUGCGUGCUGAUGCUGGUUUUUCUGGUACACCCAUUCGGCUUUUGUGGCGUAGCAGGAGAGUGGGAAAAGAUGAAGGCAAAGCACAAGAAUCAAAAAUGAAUCUUUCAUCAGUUGAUUAAAAUUUGGCAUCAAUUACACUAUAAAGAUCAGACAUUUUAUCAUGGAAAAAGUGGUUCUGGUUCUGUUUGUAUUGGUAAAAAAGAAGGGGUCUUAGAAUCAGCAAUACCAAGAUUGCCCAAUACGUGCAAGCUGAAAUCUAUCAAGACUAUUGAAAGCUCCAAAAUGAUGGGAAAUGCGCCUGAAAUGUGGAUGAUACUAACUUAUUAUUUACAGUGAUCAGGAUGUUUCUCUAAUCCUUAAGCAUAUUCAAUCGUCACAAAUACAAUGUAAAUUUAUGUAUAGAAGUUGUUAGUUGUUACAUCAAA